UGCCGAGCCCGGGGAUGCCGGGCGCGGGCUGAGGGGAUCCCGGCGCCCUCCGAUCCCAGCUACUUUGGCUCACGCACCGGGACGCCCUAUGCCCGGGUCACCUGUGGCCUGAGAGCCCCAGACCCACCAGACCCUUCUCGCCCAGGCCCCACCCGGCGCCUGGCGGGGGUUGGGGGACAUUUUUCCUGCCCCCGGUCAGGGAGCGCAGAGGCCCCGCCCCUCCCACCGCCCAGAUGUCUCCCGGGGCGGCUCUGAGGACCUCUCUGAGGCCAGGGGCCGAAGGGUCCAGAGAGAGAAGCCCGCCCUAGGGAGCCUGGGGGGCCCCCCAACCUCAUCUUGGGGCUUGGCCCCCACGAUACUCGGAAGGCAGGCCGGUGCCCCCACCCUCGGGGUCUGCUCUCCUCCGUCCAGCUCCCUUCCCAGAGCUGUCCACAUCUGGAGCCCCCUCCACAUCUGGAAGACCCCAGCCACAGUCCUUCUGCAGGUGUCACUUGCAACCAGAGACCUCUGCCUUUGCAACUGCCCAAGAGUCGUGAGGGGAUUGUGCUGCCUUCCCCAAUCCCAAGGGCAUCUCUUACCCUUAGUCCCUGCAGAGUCAUCCCCCUGCUUCUGUGUCCAGGCUCAUCCAGACAUCAGCCCAGCACACCUAUAGGCACUUCAAGUCCUGAAGGGCUCCUGAGAUCCAAGACCCCUCCCCUGCCCUUCUAUGUCCUCAUCUUGACCCCUUGUUUCAGAUUCUGUCUCCUUCUGGGUGUCCCAUUCCCCAUCCAGAGGCAAAGGAGGCGGGGUGGCAGGAGUCAGGGGCUGGGUGAGGGCCACCCAGGGCCAGCGUGGGCUGGGGGGCCGUUAAGAUGUGGAGCUCUGCCUGGCUGAGGGGGGCUCUGUGGAGGCAGACGCAGUGUGUGCCUGGCUGGGGGGAGUAUGGGCAGGCCUGCAGCCACGUGGUGAAGGAUGAACAUUCGGGGCACCCCGGACCUCGGGCAGCCCAGUGACGACCCCAGCAGUGGUGGCGAACGUGAGCGGAUUCGACAGCGCAUGAAGAUGGUCAUCGGGCAGCUGGAGGGCAUCCUACGAGAGCUCAAGGAGGUGGCCAAGGAGCUCAGGGAGGUGGUGAGCCAGAUAGAUAAGUUAACCUCAGACUUCGAUUUUGAACUGGAGCCAGAUGACUGGACCACGGCCACUGUGAGCAGUACCUCCAGCAGCGACAAGGCUGGUGUAGGUGGCCCCUUUGACCUGGGCCACCUGGACUUCACAACAGCUGACAUCCUCUCAGACAGCUGGGAGUUCUGCUCCUUCCUGGAUGUCUCUACCCCUUCAGAUUCCAUGGACGCCGCCGAGUCAACACGACCAGGGGCUGGUUCUGACUACCGACUCAUGAACGGUGGCAUGCCCAUUCCUAAUGGGCCACGGGUGGAGACCCCAGACUCCUCCAGUGAGGAGGCCUUCAGCACCGGCCCUCUCAAGGGGCAACUGCCCCAGCGGACCCCAGGCACACGGGAGAGAGUGCGCUUCAGCGACAAAGUGCUCUACCAUGCUUUGUGCUGUGAUGAUGAAGAGGGGGAUGGUGAGGAGGCAGCGGCAGAGGAGGAGGCGGGCCUGUCCCCAGAGCCUCCCCAUACAGAGGCCCAUGUGGGCCCCCUCAAGACCUCCCUGGCCCCCAACAAGCCAAGGCGCUCUCCACUGACUGGCCGAUGCUCAGGCCCCACCUUGGCCCCCGAGCAGACACGAAGGAUCAUGAGGAACAGCAGCACCCAAACGGUGUCAGACAAGAGCACGCAGACAGUGCUUCCCUACACAGCCUCCAGACAGAAAGCCAAAGGGAAAAACUAGGGGCCGGGAGGGGACUGGGGUUGGGUAGGGGGAGGUACAUAGAGUUAUAAAUAUAUACACAUAUAUAUUUAAACAAACACAGUCAUAAUAAAAUUUUAAAAUGCUGAGGAUCCAGCCCCACAGGCCCCAAAGCUUUCUCAGAGCUCAUCUUAGGCACAGAGAUGCCUACUUCCCUACUAGGUCCCAGGAAGUGUGUCUAGAACCUUCCUCCCUUCCUUCCCAUUGCAGGGCUCCUGAAGGGGGUGUCCAAAUGUCAAGCUGCUGGCCUGGACCAUGUCCUGGAGGGAUUCAUCUGCAGGAGGCAGGCUCUCAAGAAGUAGUGUCCAAAGCCAGGGCUAAUAGUAUGAUGUGGAGGAGACUGAGUGGCAUCACUGAGUGGGUGGCUCCAUGCUCAGCCUUGUCCUCUAGAGAUCAAAGACUCAUGGCAAAGCCCCAGCAAGGCCCCUAGUGCUGCUGAGAUCCAUGUGAGAAAACAGGCAGCAGCCACCAUGGGCCAGAGAUAGGCCCCUGACCUGUCAGCAGGCAGGCAGCCCCAGGAAGGAAUCCAAUGGCCCCGCUCUACCGCUGCCCCUCCACUCUGGGACCCUGAGUUCACUUUGGCAGGUCAUGAAUGACACCAACAGAAACAGAUGGGAGCCUCGAGGUACCAAGGCUUCAUCUGGGGCGUGGUCCAUACAGAGACAGCGUCUGAAUAUCAUUGGGAUAAUAAUCCCAACCAUUGCUCACAUUUACUGAGCAUAUCUCCAUGUUGCUACUGUGCUAAAUACAUUGUAUAGCAUAAUCUAAUUUAAUUUUCAGAGUAACCUGACAAGACAGGAACUAUUGCUAUUCCCAUUUUUCAAAUGAGAAGACUGAGAUUCAGAGAAGUUAAGUAACUGGCCCAGGGUCACAGAGCCUGUGCCCCUCCACUCCCCUUCCCCCAUGAGCACAUGGUUUCCAGGCUAUAUCUGGCUCUGCUAUCUAGUAACUGUGCAAUCUUGGGGAAGUCCAUUUGCCUCUCUGAGCCUAUCUACCUCAUCUAUGAAAGGGGUCUGAUAAUGUUUAUCUACCUCACCAACUGCUGUGGGGCUUCAACAAGAUGAGGACUUGGUAAAUUCCAAGUCACUGGAUAUGUGUUGUGGUCAGUGGCACCCCAACUCAGAUUCCAGUGUUUUCCAGGGUUGGGAUCCCUGAGUGGGGUGGGAAAGAAACCACUGCCAUCAACUGGGCCACAGCUUGAUGGUCUCCACGAGCUAUUGGUCUCCAAUAGCUCAGAGCAGGAAGGAAGUAGUGAUGGUGGUGCAAGGAUAUCACUGCUCAGGGCCUCCCUGAUGCACAUUUAAUGACAGCAGAGGUUGCCAGGGACUGUCAGGAGGGUCUCUGGCUCUACACAUGGGCGCCCAGGAGAGCAUGGCAAAAGAGGUACUGUCCAGCUCCCAGGGGCGGGGAGACAGAGACUAUGUUGGCCAGUUUGGAGCAAAUGCCAGGGAUGCUAUCAGGAUGAGACAGGCGGGCCUAGGAGGCCUGCUCUGCAGUGUUGGGGUCUCCCCUUGGGCCCUAAAUAGCCAGCCAGGGUGCAGCCUCCAGAGUGGAAAUACAGGGUAGUGGGUCAAGGCUAGCUGUUCCUGCCCAGACCUGAGAAUAAGAGCUCUGAGCUCCUCCCUCAGUCCCAGGAAAACUCUUGGGCAGUGGUAUUGAUUAGUGAUAGGACCCUGGCUCAAAAGAUGUAUGCCAGGGGCUCCCCUGAAGGAUGGCCGGCUGGGUCUUCCAUCUUUCCGGAUGGCCUGACAGUGAAGAAGGGCAGGCCCUGCCCAGGUAUGGGCACACCUAGCUUUGGGACUCAUUUUUGCUCUCCAGUGGCAAGAUUGUUUGUUUCACAGCUUUACAACAGUCAAGAAAAAGACAUCU